AAUCGACCGUAAUCGACUGUCUGUGUAUCUGUGAACCGUGAAAUGUGCAAAACGUAGCAGAGAGUUAUUUUCGAAUGCGUCCGAAGAAGAAGCAUCGAAAACACGGAAUAUAGCCGGCAAAAAAUAAACCAAAGUAUCGUAUUUUCGAUACUCGGGUGCAGUUUUUAAAUAAAAAUUUAAGAGCCAACAAGCUGCUUUCAAUCGGCGUGCAAUCGGUGCAAUAAGUGCAAGACAAGUGUCGAAAAAGGAGAGAAAACAGUCGCGCAAAAAAGAAAAAAAGAAGUUGGGGCGAAAAACCAGUUAUGUAUUCGCGCAGCCAGUGUUUCCUUUUUGCCGAGUUUUCUUUUUAUUAAAUCCAAGAAAUGUUAAUGAAAGUGUCGUGCAAUGGGGCCGAAGCGUUAAUUAAUCAAACCAGCAACAACAACCACUCCAAGGCGACACCGAUUCUCCAGCAUUAUUUUAGCCAAAACCGAUUUCCUGCCAAGAUCUUAGGCGCUUAACUAAAAAAAAUUUUAAUUGUGCAACAACAACAACAAUAGCAAAGGCAGCGAAGUCUCAACAAUUGGCACAAUUGGCGAUAAAUCAGCAGCAACAACAGCAGCAGCAGCAGCCGAAGCAGCAACAUCAGCAGCAGCAGCAGCAUGCAUCCGUGGUGUGAACUUUAGCAGACGCAGCAGAAAAACACAAACAAACAAACGAAAAUAGCGGUGCAUAAAAGAAAAAAAAAGGGAAAACGAAUAAAUCUACGAACAACGAAGUGCGAGUAAGAUAGUCGCUCUUAUUAGCAUUGCAAGACACUCGGGAGAGUAAAAGUGCAGCAGGUUGACCAGAGAAAGAAGGAGAGAGAGUGAUAAGAAGCAGUUAACUUAAGAGAGCUAAUCAACGGAAGAAAGUGGGAGAGUGAUAAGCUGUCAACUCAAGAGAGAGACAGAGUGGGAGUUCUGUGGGCAGAGCAUCUCACAAGUUAAGUGGGAGCUUGAGAAAACGAGCUCAAGAGAGGGGACAACCGGAAGAAGGGGCAGGCCACUUGAGUAUCGAUUCCCAGCCAGGUUCCAGAGUUGCCAACACCGUUGAUUGACGUGCAGCGGGCGGGGAUCGGGGCUUUCAGCAUGUGGCCCUAGACCAAAGCAACAAAAACGAAAGAAACAACAAUAAAAAGUGCAAGAGGAGGGAGAGAGAGAGGGAGGAGAACCACUUGGCAUUCAGGCAGCGAAGCAUAACCAGGCGGUUCGGUUAGACCGGAAAAGCGUCGAUGAGUUGAGUUUCCUCCGCUCCUCUACCAGGAAUCCCCACCACCACCCAGUCCCAAGCUAACCCCGUCCACAAUGGAUGCAUCACCCAUGUCACCGGAGCAGGCUCCGGCUUUAAGUACCGGAAGGUCAUUGGACCAGCAGGUGGACGCCAGUUCACCGAACCACUCGAACUACUCGAAUCUCACGAACAGCACCAGCGGCAGCAGUGCCAGCAGUCCCGCCUGUUCCUCCUCCUCCUCGUCUUCCACAUCCUCGGCGCCGCAAUACAGCGAGGACAUACGGCGAGGAGCAGUGGCAGUGCCAGUGCCCGCUCAUCCUCAAAAUGGAUCCAAUGGUUCUACCAAAACAUGUGAACUGGAUGUGGGCGAGGAGGAGCGGGAUACCUUCUCCCCCGUUUCCAGCCCAGACUGCAACGGAGCUGCCGCCUCGGUGGACGUCCUGCCCUCCGCGAGUGGCUCGGUGGACAAUAAGAUCUAUGAGAGAGGCAGUGCACCCUUCAAGCCGCCGUCAAAGGAGGAGAAACAGCGUCAGAACGAGGAGAUCGUUUGCAUGGAAACUUCGACAGUGUCCACGGAAACUGGAUCCUGGGAGUCUAUGUAUCCAGCAGCAGCGCCGGUAGCCGUUGCCGACGAGGAGGAGAUCGAGGAACCGAUAUCUACGUCAGUCUUCAAGGGCAUCACCGCCAGCUGCUUGCUCCGGGACCUCGAGAAGCGGGACCAGCCCUUGUCCACCUCCGGGACGAGUGCCUGCUUCAUAGACGCCUCGUCCCUGCGGGAUGAGGACGAGGUGCUGUCCUUCCCCAGCCUAGACGGCCACGCUCAAGAGGAGGAGACUGAGGAGGCGGCUGCCGAGAAGGAUGAGGAAGAGGAGGAUCCAGAGCCAUCGCCCACUCAGCAGUUGGAACAGUUCCAUAAGGCCUUUGCCCGGUGCAAAGGCGGGAGACUCAGUCAGGAGAGGGAGGAGGAGGAGCAGAAGGAUGCGGAGAGGGAGCAGGAUCAGGAGAGAGUGCCGGAGGACGAUCCAGUGGCCGAGCGUCCGGCUGCCAUGCCCGUGCCCUACAGCUUCCAGCACAAUGCCCAGCAUUUCAGUGUCCAUCCCCUGGGCAGCAGCCCCAAGUUCACCCACCACAUCCACCAGCACCACCACCAACAGCAGCAGCAGCAGCAGCACCACCCCGAUCUCAGCUACACCACGGACUACUCCUCGAGCAGCCCGGCACCCAGUCUAGCCUACCAAGGAGCAUCUGCCUCCGCAUCCACGCCCCACAACUCCAUGGUUCAUAUUGAGCCGGCCUCCGCGGGAAGCAACAACUCCUCCAUCCACAGGGACUACACGCUAUCUUCCUCGUUGUCGCACCACCGGGACUCUGGGGCAUACUGCAGUGACGCCACCGACUCGCCGCUACCUCUGCCCCGCACCCCCAAGAGGAGUUCCAAGUUCGACGAAGCGAAUCCCAUUGUGUCCGGCGGAGCGUCCAUUGAAGACUUCCGGGAGAAGCAGUGCGAGAGCCCGAGCAUCAAGCGCCGCACGGACACCUGUCCGAUUGUUUCUGGGGGAUUUGUGUCCCUGGACUUCGCGCCCACUCGUCCCCUGGCCGACGAAGACGACGACGAGGAUCUCGGCGAGGAUGCCGAGAUAGCUGGGGUGGAGCUGAGGGUCAAGACGGGCAUGCCGAGGAAGCCAGUCAGCGGCAUUGCCUCCUGGGUGGUGGACAUGAGCGACUGCCGGCCGGAGAGGCGGAGGAGCACCAGCAGCACCACUUCUAGCUUCCGGGAGCGCUCCGACUCUAACAGCUCGCACAAGAGCGGCUGUGGCUUCUACGUUUCGUUGGAUGACAUGGACAGGAAACCAUCCCAGGAGCAGCAAGCCAAGACCGCCGCAGCCUCGCAAGCGACUCCUUCGCAGCUCAGCAAGUCCUACACAGCGCCCAAGUCGGCUGGAUUCUUUGUGGACAUCUCCGGAAGCAACGGAAAGGAGGAGGAGCAGCAGGAGGUGGCCCAGACCAAGGAGGAACCCAAGCCGGAACCCAAGAACAUUUUCAGCAUGUUCAUAGACAUUGGAGAUCAGAAGACGCCCCGUUCCAACGGACGCAAGGAGCCGCUCAGCCUGGCCCAGAGGCUCUCCAGCUCCCUGAGCUCAUCGGCCGGCCGGAGAGGUGACACGGAGGUCAUGAAGUCCAGCGCCAGUUCCACGGAGACAUUAAUGGCCAAGAGUGCCAAUCAAAAGGAGCUGGGAGCAGGCUCCUCGGGGGCAGGUGCUGGCGAAAGCAAGUCCCUGGACUACAGAUGCAAUCUGGAGCCUCCACUCACGGUGGCUGCACUGCGUCGCCUGUCGCAGCAACAGCGCCAGCAGAGCGAUCCCUCGAAGCGGCACAGCUGGGGCAGCAACGGUCCUGCCGAGCUGGCCAAUGGAUCGGGAAAGGCCGCGGGAGUCGGCAACGACUGCAAGAGGUCCAUCAGCCUGACGGCGAACGGAGUGAAUGGAUCGGACUCGGGAGCGGGCCUGAUGAGCAUCAUAGACAAGCUGCCGAUCAUCUCGAAGGCGUCCUCCCUCUCCAUCGACAGCUCCAUCUCGCCGUACGACGACUACAGCGGCUCGAAUCCGGGCCUGAGCAGUGCCUCCGAGGAGGAGCAGGCCCAAGUCCAGGGCAGGAUCAAGAAGCGGCGGCGGGAUGUCCAACUGAACGAGACCUACGACAAGAGCAGCCUGGCCUCGGUCACCGAGGGAGUACUCUCCAAGGAUCUGUCGCCGGCCUCCAACACGGACACGGAUGAUCUCACCUUCCAGCAGGACGAGCAGCUGGCCAAGGAGCAGGCGGAGCUGAUGCCCCAAGUGCCGCUCCAGCUCAGCAGCAGCUCCAAUCGUACCAGUAGCGUCAUGGAGACCAUCAUCGAAGCCAAGGAGACUGCGUCGCCCAAGAAACAGGUCACUCUCAGCAACGGACACACCAUGGAGUCGCUGCACGCCACCAUCGAGAAGCAGAAGCAGCUGCUGGAGACGGUCAACGAGCACGGAGAGCAGCCAGGUGGUCAGCAACAGCAUCCGCCGCCUUCGCAGAUCCCCUCCAGCUUCGUGAAGCUCUCGGACAUGGACAAGCCCGUGAAGCACGAUCUUCAGUCGCCGGAUUCGAUGAGCAAGAGCGUCGGAAAUAAUCACCGGAGCUCACAGCUGGGUCAGCGUCUAUACCGGGAGGACAACCACCGGGGAGCACGGCCUCACUCCUGGGCCAUGACCCGGUCCACCGGCAACACGCUGCAGAACUUCACCAACUCGGUGGACAACAUUCGGAGUCUCUCGCGGCUCUUUCCCAACUUCUCCAAGGAGUUCUCCAACUCCCUGCCCAACGACAUGACCCUGGAGCAGGGCCAGCAUCAGCCGGCUGGCCAGCAGGUGGACUACAUCCAGACCGAUCUCAGCGCCGACUCCAGUCUGGCCUCCAGCUUCAGUCGCUCCGGAAUGGAUGAGUCGUCGCUGAGCUGUCGGCAACCGCGGCGUCUGGGAGAGGACUUGCUCAAGAUGUUCCUGCAGGAGAUCGCCACUGACAUGCUGGUGGAGGUCCAUGGCCGCCGUAUUCGCGCCCACAAGUGCAUCCUGCGCUCCCGGUGCCAGUACUUUGCCGCCAUGCUGGCGGGCCACGGCGCCCAGAGUGUGGUGUCGCUGCAGGGCUACUCCUAUGCCGCGGUGCACUUUGCCCUGUGCCACAUCUAUUCCGGUGCCUCGCAUCCUCCGGACGGCAUCAGUCUGAUGGAGCUGGCCGCCCUCGCCGAUCUCCUGGGCCUGGAGGGCCUCAAGGAGGUCACCUCGCAUGCCCUGAAGACCAACUACUGCCACAACUUCCACAAGCCCUGCUCCGGCUGCACGGAUGGCAUUCUGCAGGUCCUUCCCGUGGCACUGAACCACGCCCUGGACGAUCUCUACAGGAAGUGCCUCCGGUGGACGUGUCGCCACUACCUGAAGGUCUGGCCCACGAGGCAGUUCGCCCAGUUACCGCCGGAUAUUUUGGGAAGAUGCCGUCAGCAGAUCGUGGCCUAUUUGACCUCGGAGACGGUGCUGGACACAGUGCUCGACUGCGACCACCUGUUGGCCCAGCUAUCGGCCUACCGUUGGGGCCACGUCUGCGAGCAGCUGGUGCGGGACAUCCUGGACGCCGCCUACGCCUAUGUGGGUGACCACUUCGCCAGUCUAAUCGCCAGCGACGCCUUCCUCUCGCUGGGACACGACCGCAGCCGGCACAUCCCGCGCCUGGAGACACUUCUGCUGCACACCGCCGCCGAACUGACUCCGGAGCAGGCGUGCAGGAGCUACCAGCGGGUGACCCGCCUGAACACCGUUCUGCAGGCCAAGAUCAUCCAGAUGCCGGCCAGCUUGGGCCAGUCGGAGCUGGCGCGCGAACUGCAGGGCCUGCAGGAGGAGCAGCUGGACUGGCAGCCGGAAUACAUUCGACUGGUGGGUGCUCUGGUCUAUGCCGUGGAGCAGUGCCUCAUCCGGCAGUGCUCCCGGGCCAUGCGGGUGACCGCCUGGCAGCGCAUGGACCUGGAGCUGCGCAAAAAGAUCCAGACUCUGGCCCGGCUCACGGAACCGCUGGACAUGAAGCGACAGAACGGCAAGCCGGUGGGCAAGGCCUUCUCCUUCGGCGGGAGCACUCGUAGCCAGGAUCUGGUGCAGAUCAAGCUGGCCAUCCAGGCGCAGACGAAGCGCGCCCAGGCCCUGGAGACGCAGCAAUACAAGGCCACCCAGACCCAGGAGGCGGCCAAUCACGUCCAGACGACGGAGCGGGGCGUUCAGGCCAAUCAUGAGCCCAGGGAGAAUAAACUCCUCAAGUCCAACUCCCGGGCCUAUGUUCCUCACCGGGCCAGUUCCCAGGUGGCUUCGGAGCGGAAUAGCCUGAAUCUGCAUCGUCGCACACAAUCGGAGGCUCCGCCAGUCACCUACAAGAAGCAGGCUUCAGUGUCAGCCGCCGUGACUGCCAGUGACACCAAGAAGGAGGCUCCUGGCAAGGCGCCAGCCAAAUUGGGUGAAGUUCGAGCUCGUUAUCUGGAACCACGGAAGCCAAGAGCUGCUGCCGCCACAAAUGGCGGACCAGUGCGGAGUGCCACCAGCUCCAGUGUGCCAGCCAAUGGAGGCAGGAAGGCGCCGGCCAAGAACCUGCACAUCUCCUCCAGCGACAGCUCACGGAACUCGAGUCCAGCUGCGCGAAGAGUCCAGAAUGGAACGCGGCUGGGCAACAAGUCGAGCAAUCUCUCCAUGGACAGCUUGGCAAAGAGUGGCUCCCGAGGGCCACAGGACCGGUACUCGUCCGACCAGAACUCGCUGGCGGAGAGCAUGAAGAGCUCGGUGAUCACCAACAAAACGGUCUCGCACGAAUCGCUCUCGGGCAGCUCCAAGCUGGCCAGGGUGCAGCAAUUGAACGGCCACGCCAAAGGAGUUCCGGUUGGCAAGAUCAAGGGCACCCAGAGAGGAUCCACGGUGGGCAACAAGUCUACCCGCCAGCUGAAGCAGCAACACAAUGCGGUGGCAUCGAACGGAUCCAGUCCUAGCUCCGUGCACACAACCAAGUCGGCCACCAGUCGCCUCUCCUCGGUCAGCAGCACAUUCUCGACGCGUGAGCUCUUCAAGCAGCGAUCCAUUUCAGUGCCGGCGGGGGAGAAGGAAGCCCCGCCGACCAAAGGACGACACAGCUUCUUGUCGGCCAAGUCGCGGGAGAUUCUGGCCAAGAGAGCGGAGAAGAACAAGCUCCAACAGCAGCAGCAGAAGCAGACCCAGGAGGAUCAAGUGCAGUUGCGCUCCUCCGCCGGCCCCUUGCGCUCGUCCUCACAUUCCGCGGUCACCAGCAUGCUUCAGCAGCACAAUCUGCGCAACAGCCUGCCCUCCAACAUUCCCACCCGUCGCCCCAAUACGCUGCACCUGAAGAAGACCACCGCGGUGACCAAUGGCACUGCCAAAAAUGCCACCACGAACGGGCUAACGAAUGGCUCCUACAAGGCCGCCCAGGCGGUUAAACAGAAGCUGGAUCUGCUCAUCGAUGCCCAGAUGGUGGAGGCUGGGGCGGCUGUGGAGCGAGUGGAGUCCAAGCUGGAGCGCUCGAGCACCUUCUGCAAGGACAGCGCCGAUCUGGACAUCGGAGAACUGCAGAUUGUGGAGUAGGAAGGUCAGAAGAGGUCGUAUCGAAUAUGGCCCGAGAUGACCCGGAAUCCAGAACCGUACACGUCCCAUAAGGCAACACUAGUCAAUAAUGUAGCAUGCGGCCGGCAGCCGUUGCAGCUGGCGCAUGAAACCAUU